UAAGCACCAACGACACUGCACGUGUUUGAACUUCAGUAACUAUGACAACGUUCAUAUGACGUUCAUGAAGCUCACGUGAAAACAAAGUGAAACAAGAAGUGAAUUUCUCAAGAAGUUGCAAAUUAACACAACUUGCCAGAACUCUACUGAGGUCUUUACGCAGCCUUCUUUCACGGCAUUAUCGCCAACAAUAGUCGCUUGAGUCUAGUAAAGUUUAAUCGCGCCGUGCGCCAGACAACAAUAGUACUCAACCGUCGAGAUGACUCUCAACCCUCAGCUACAUGUGGAUCCCACUACGAUUCGCGACCCGAGUCUGGCGCCUUACAUCGCCGCCAGCACCGUCGGCAAGGUGACGGGCAGUGAGUUCGACGAGGCCGACGAGGUGCUGUCGACCGACACCACUGAGGCGCUGCGAGAGGCCGCCAAGAAGCGCGCCGACACCUACGACGAGGAGGACCCGCAGAGCAACAAAACGCCAGUAGCGCCGGUGGGGCUAUUGGCAAUGCACCUACUAAACAUGAAGAGCUUUGAUCAAACCGCCAAUGACGAGGACCUGUCAGAUCCAGGAUCUCGGUUCAAAAUACUGAUAUCCAUCGGCGACGUCUAUAAGGAAACGGGAUGGAAAAGAGGCUCGCACAAGCACUCCCACACGCGUGAGAAGGACAAGGUCGUCAACGUCCUAACCGGAGUGGCCGUGGAUGAGGUCAAACACUUCUCAUUGACGGUUCCACAGCAGCUCUCUGACCCAAAGAACGUGCUGAAGCUGGAAUUGUACAGAUCUCUGGCGGGUGACGGGCCAUCGGUGGAGCCGCGGAUCAUGGGCAUGGUGGAAGUGCACCUCCACGAGAUCAUCCAGGCCAUGAUGGUGAUUGACGUGCUGCCGCUGUCGCUGAACGGUAAACAUGUGGCCGACCUGUACCUCGAGUUCGCCUUCAUGUACGGCGCACUGGGCUUCCACUACUCCACUCAGCUGGAGAACCCCGGGUUCAACCCGAACCGGGACCUGGCACGGACCAUGUUCCCGCGUGUGGCGCUACCCGAGGACCGGGACGGAGAGGUGCUGUUACCGGUACCCCAGCACCCGCCCGCCUUUAUACCGUGGACCUGCCCGGUCACCACGCACUGGGACGAGGCGGUGAGGCGUGCGCCGGAAGGUCCUGAACCAACCACGCAGACCGGCUUCACUGAACGGGUCCGAAGUGAGGUGCGCCAUAUCCUGGAUGACUACGUGCCGCUCCGGUCCCGGGCAGAUCGACUCGCGUUUCUCCGGAAACUAGUCAGGGGAGCACCCGGUCCUGGACAGAGUGCGGACGCUGUCGGCGGCGGUGGCAGUGGUGGAGGUGGCGGCAGCAGUGGUGGUGGGAAGGAGUCUGCCGGGGCGUCGCCCGGUCCUUCCACCAAGCACCCGGACCGGAAAAGACCGGACGCAGACCAGUGGCGGACCACUCUGUCGGAGCCGGAGCCGGGUCCGGACCAGAGGGACCGCGGACCGCCGGCCGUGCGGUCCGAUCAAACAGCUCAGCUGAGACAGAGCAGCGGCUCGACGAGCACUCUGAUGCCGGCGCUGGUGUCUCGGACGGCGCCGGCCCCUGGCCCGGGGUCCGCCGGCUGGUCGUCGCCACCCAGCCCGGCCAGCAGCAGCGCUGGGCUGGCCCAGCAGUCUCAGCAGCUUCAGCAGCUUCAGCAGCCGGUCAGCCGGCCGAGCCGGCCCAGCGACACGGAGCCAGCAGCCCUCGGACCGCAGCGCUCCGGCAGCAGCGCCGCCAAAAUAAUGGCUCCUAAGCAGAUUCGCCGGGCUCCCCUGCGGCGGCCUGCCGGGGAUUCCUCAUCAUCAGUCGUCAAACCGGAAGAAGAGGACGCCAGUCUCUCUGCCGACACCGCUGUGGAAAUUCAGUGACGUCUUACAGACCGGCCCCACGCUGAGAGUGACGCGCCAGUCCGUGACGUGUGUGACGCUGUGACGCAGAACACGACCCUAUGCGGAACGUUUGGCUGUGACGCCGCCGUACUUUUUGCUCGUUUAGUUUCGGUUGUGAAAUCGAAAUCAAUCUUUCUGUUUGUUGAUAUGUGUGAGCUUCGUCGUCAGUUGGAUUUGCCCGGCAAGAAUGGCCAGGGAUCUACGUUGAGUGUAUUAAUUGCAGUCAUUCUUGCUGUAUAUUUGAUGUGCUGAUAAAUGACGCGUACGCUGUCAGCAGCCGGAAGGGAAGACCGCAAUACGAUGUGCUAUGCUCUUGUGCAUAUUGUGUAUAAUUACGUUUUGGUGUAUAAUGUGUAAUAAUUAAUCACUGUCUUGCAUGUGUUCAAUGCAUAUAAAAAAAUGUAUAGAAUAAAAUGAGGUAUGAGGGCAA